CGCACUUCCACUCCAUUCUAGCCAUCCCAAUAGCAAUCACCAAUCACCAUCCUGGUCGAUCUCCGGCAAAGAUCCGAAUGGAGUAACCAGCAGACCAAAGUCCGGGGGAAUUAACUCGUCGGCUGAGCCCAUUCACACGCGACAUGGAUUUUUAGGUACAGCCUUUCCCCUCUUUUUCUCAACCUCUUUUCCCCUCCUAUAUCAUCAUCUACUCUGAAUCCGUGAUCGUUCAAGAGAAUAAAUCAGAGAUUAAGAAGAGUUUAUUUAAACACCCCUCUACCACUAUCCUCUCUACUGGACGUGACACUUAUCUUUCUCACACUUUGACCACAUCAAACACCCUACAAUCUCCAACCUCUUCAGCUUCCAAAAGGCCAUCCAUCAUGUCCGACAAUAUUCCCGAGAACAUGCCCGAGAACAUCAAGCGCCACUGGCACGGCAACAAAGGUGACCGCUACGAACACCUCAACGCCUGGACACACGGUGGCUCCAUGGGUCCCGCGAACCGAGCCGCAUGGGCUCUAACACCCGAAAUGAUGGCUGCCGAUGCCAAACGCCGAGAAUCCGCCUCCUCCGCCAACACCGCCAACGGUGGCUCCCCCACAACCCCCUCCGUCAAUGAACGCCGCCGCUCAAGCGCAAGCUCCGGUUCCGGUGCUGGCCUAUUUUCCUCGCUGAGUUCGCAGAAGCGGGAGUCGGCGGAUUCGAAUAUGGCGGCGCGCCGGGCGAGCUGGGAUGAGCAGCGGCAGCAGGGGGGUUUCUUUUCGAAGUUGUGGGAAGGGUAUACGCGGGGGGGUAAGUGAAGUGUCGACGAUUUUGAUUCCUCUAUAGCAAGGCAAGGGGAUAAUAGGCAUAGGCAUCAGAUUGUAAUUGUGGGGGGGGGGGGCCUUAUUUUUUUUUUUUUUUUUUUUUCAUGAUCUUGUUUCUUUUUGCUCUUUGGUUGGGUUGUGUUUCGUGGGGUUGGGUUUAUUGUAUAUGAUGUAUUUCGACGAGUCAUGAUUUUUUGAGAGAAAACAAAGUGGAAAUGGUUGUCGAUGGUAG